UCCUCUUCCUUUAUCCCUACCAUGCCUGCCCCACUACGAGCCCCCGCAGUUCCAGGAGGAAUCAAAGCCUAUUACCAGGCCAAAAUAGAAUCCUCGGAGCUUUUAAUAAACCAGAAGACCCAGAAUUUACGACGUUUAGAGGCCCAACGAAAUGCACUCAACGCCCGAGUGAGAUUACUCCGUGAAGAACUCCAACUUCUGCACGAACCUGGUAGCUACGUGGGUGAGGUUGUCAAAGUCAUGGGCAAGAACAAGGUACUCGUCAAAGUCCAGCCUGAGGGCAAAUACAUUGUUGACUUGGACUCCGAUAUCGAUAUCAACCAACUUACCCCCAACCUUCGUAUCGCGCUUCGUUCCGAUUCAUAUACCAUCCACAAAAUUCUCCCAAAUAAAGUUGACCCUCUUGUCUCUCUCAUGAUGGUCGAAAAGGUUCCGGAUAGUACCUAUGAAAUGGUCGGUGGUCUCGACAAACAGAUUAAGGAAAUCAAAGAAGUUAUCGAGCUACCAGUCAAACACCCCGAACUGUUCGAAGCCCUCGGCAUUGCCCAACCGAAGGGUGUACUGUUAUACGGCCCCCCGGGAACAGGAAAGACACUACUAGCACGUGCAGUCGCCCACCAUACAGAUUGCAAAUUCAUCCGUGUCAGUGGAAGUGAAUUGGUGCAGAAGUACAUUGGCGAGGGGAGUAGAAUGGUUCGGGAAUUAUUCGUCAUGGCGCGAGAACAUGCACCGAGUAUCAUAUUUAUGGAUGAGAUCGAUUCCAUUGGGAGCUCGAGAGGGGAGAGCGGAAGUGGAGGGGGUGACUCGGAAGUUCAGAGAACGAUGUUGGAGUUGUUGAACCAAUUGGAUGGGUUCGAGUCGACGAAAAAUAUCAAGGUUAUCAUGGCUACUAACCGUAUCGAUAUUCUCGAUUCUGCUCUCCUCCGACCAGGCCGUAUCGAUCGUAAGAUCGAGUUCCCUCCGCCAGGCCCUGAAGCUCGUGUGUCGAUUCUUCGAAUCCACUCGCGCAAAAUGUCGUUACAACGUGGAAUCAAUCUUCGCGCAUUAGCGGAGAAGAUGGGUCAGUGUUCUGGGGCUGAAGUUCGGGGUAUCUGCACGGAAGCUGGUAUGUACGCACUGCGAGAAAGGAGACAACAUGUAACACAAGAAGAUUUUGAAUUCGCUGUGGCUAAGGUUCUCAAGAAGAACCAGGAGGGAAACACUUCGGUUAACAAGCUUUUCUCAUAGACUUGUUUCGUCUUCUUUGGUUGUCGGUAAUGUAGUCUAGCUACAUUUUCUUCACGAUGAAACAUCGUAUAAGCCUACUUAGAAUCAGUUUACUUGCAAGAGGAUGGCAACCAGACCGGUACCAUGAG